GGAUUCGGAAGCAACUUGAGUUUUCUCCUUGGGUGGAUGCUGCUAGCCAGUAGCUAACGUUAGAGAGGGAUGGGUCACAGAAAUAGUUAGUUAGCUUGUUAGCCAAGUACCGCCUUUAGAGGUUUAUUAAUACAAAUUGCUCGUAAUAAAGCAACAAACACAUAGCUAACUAUCCAGCUUCUGGAAUAACAGGACAAAACAUGAAACGAGAUGUCAGGAUACUGUUACUGGGGGAACCCAAGGUGGGGAAGACUUCUCUCAUCAUGUCCUUAGUGGGGGAGGAGUUUCCAGAACAUGUGCCCCUCAAAGCCGAGGAGAUCACCAUCCCUGCUGACGUCACCCCAGAGAAGGUGCCAACACACAUAGUGGACUACUCGGAGAGUGAGCAGACAAAUGAAGCCCUGAGAGAGGAGAUUGUCAAGGCCAACGUGGUGUGUGUGGUGUAUGACGUCACCAAAGAAGAAACAAUAGAUAAGAUUCGGACAAAAUGGAUCCCUUUGGUAAACGGCGAAGCGGAAAAGGGUAACAAAGUUCCUAUCAUCCUGGUGGGGAACAAGUCGGACCUGCGUUCUGGGAGCUCCAUGGAGACCAUUCUACCAAUCAUGAACCAGUUCUCUGAGAUUGAGACGUGUGUAGAGUGUUCUGCAAAGAACCUGAAGAACAUUUCAGAACUGUUCUAUUACGCCCAGAAGGCCGUUCUCCAUCCCACCGCUCCGCUCUACGACCCUGAAGACAAACAGCUGAAGCCGAUGUGUGUUCGAGCCCUCAGCCGAAUCUUCUGCAUCUCCGACCAAGACCACGACCGCAUCCUCAGUGAUACUGAACUCAACUGUUUUCAGAAAUCGUGUUUCGGGAACCCCCUGGCCCCUCAAGCGCUGGAGGACGUGAAGACGGUGGUCUGGAAGAACACCAGCGACGGCGUUCAGGACAACGGCCUCACCCUCAACGGUUUCCUGUUCCUCAACACAUUGUUCAUCCAGAGGGGUCGUCACGAGACUACUUGGACCAUCCUGAGGAAAUUUGGCUACGAUGACACUCUGGAACUGACUGAUGACUAUCUGUACCCACAGUUACGGGUUCCCGUGGGUUGCACCACUGAGCUUAACCAUCUAGGUCACCAGUUUCUCCAGCGGCUGUUUGACAAAUAUGAUGAGGAUAAGGACUUGGCCCUGUCACCUUCGGAGCUAAAGAAUCUCUUCUGCGUAUUUCCCUACAUGCCUUGGGGCUCGGACGUGUACACGGCUGUGUCGACCACGGACGAGGGAUACAUCUCGUUGCAUGGCUUCAUGUGUCAGUGGAUGCUGUCUGCUUACGUUGACGUGCACCGCUGCCUGGAGUACCUGGGAUACCUGGGAUACCCCGUCAUCACCGAGCAGGACUCCCAGACUGCAGCUGUCACAGUGACGCGGGAGAAAGAUGUGGACCUGGAGAAAGGCCAGACUCAGCGCUCUGUGUUUCUGUGUAAAGUGAUCGGACCGCGAGGAACCGGAAAAACGGCCUUCCUGCAGGCCUUCCUGGGCAGGGGUGUCGCGAGAGGCGAGCGUGAGGUCGGGGCCUUCUCCCUCCACACCAUCAACACGGUCCAAGUCAGCAACCAGGAAAAGUAUCUUAUCCUUUACGAGGUGGACGUGGAGACGGCGUUCCUGAAGGCGACGGACGCGGCGUGCGACGUGGCCUGUCUCAUGUAUGACACCAGCGACCCCCAGUCCUUUGACUACUGUGCCAGCAUCUACAAGCAACACUACAUGGACAGCAGUAUCCCCUGUGUGUUGGUGGCCUCCAAGGCCGACCUCCCAGAGGUCAAGCAGUACCACGGGAUGACCCCCGCAGAGUUCUGCUACAAACACCGCUUGCCCCCACCCCUGCCCUUCUCCAGCCUCUCCCUGGACGCCUCCGGACGGAAUAUCUACACCAAGCUGGCCUGGGCUGCCAUGUUCCCACAUCUGAAUGGCUCUGACAUGAGCAACACCUCCUUCUGGCUGAGGGUGACGUUAGGCGCAGCGGUGGUCACGGUCCUUGGAUUUGCCCUCUACAGAGUUUUCCACCGACAGAAAUGACUGGGACCCCAGGGGACCCCCUCUCUCCCUGAGCCAGAGCCCACCUUGGUCCAACUCUACCCUGAUAUCCAGACCAACUCCUCUCCAGACCAGCUCUUCUCCAGACCAACUACUCUCCAGAACGCUCCACUUUGUCACACCUAGCAACAAAUCUUUAAUUAUAAUCCAAGACAAAUAAAAGAUGGCGGCCAUAUCUUCCUCCCUCGCUCGCUCGCUGGCUGGCUCUGCCUUACGUUGUCAGAACCAGGCUAAGCAGGAGUUAGCCUAAUGCAUCGAUACGCCGGGAGCUGCUAUGUACACCUCACUCCCACACGGGUGCUUUAUCACAGGGAGGAAGUGCAAGUUGAUGACUUCCUGUAACGUUUCAGACCCAGAACAUUUCUUCACUAUUCCAACAUGGUAUUCACAGGGAGAAUGGAUAUGUAGGUUUUAGUUUUCUUUAUUUUAUAAGUAUGCAGUCUUUCCUAAGAAGAAGAAGAAGAAGAAAAAAAGGAAAAUGCCAAAAUGUUGAACAUAUGGACAGUUUCAAACUUGGGACUGGGUAUGUUGGGCAUGUGUCAUUCAGUACCAAGCCUCAGAACUCCAGUGGAGGUGAGCCCGCAUGCUGCAGAACAAUAACCCCACCAGAAGACACCCGGGUCGGGCAACAUCUGGUCCACAGCAGGAUAGCUCGCUGGAAGUCCCACAGUCUUUCUCCGUCACUAAGACACCUGAUCUGACUUGCCAAAUAAAGAGAACCCCCUCUAGAAGGUAUUCAGAGACAAAUAUAGUAUUUUGUUCCUAUAGGCUCUGCUGUAUUGAAUGAAAGCAAUAGAAUAUGCCCAGUCUGGUAUGCCUAGUGUCUUUAGAUGUCUAUUUUAAACAGGUUUUGCCUCCGGCCAACAGCUGAACUGGUGGCUUCUCAGAUUUUAGAAGGGGAGUGAUCUUUAUUUUGUGCAUGAAGCAAAAAUUUUUUGAAUGAAAAACAAAAUGGCUCUGGAAUGCAUUGAAACUGGAACUCAAUUCUGUACCUUGCAAAAUAACUUAUCUGAUUCAUAUUUUCUUGGGUUUAUUUUAAAUCAGCAAUUCACCUCAGAAUUUAUACCCCUCCCCCCUGCAGAUGUAGUAUGAGUGUGUGUGUGUGUGAGUGUGUCUGUGUGCGAACUGUGGGACACAUAUGGCUGUGGGUGUCAAGAUUGUGUGACAGGUUUAUUUGACUUGUAAACCGACUGGUUUAUUUUCAAAUUGGGACAAUCGUUUCUCGUGUUAACUAUUCUGGGAUUUACCCACCAUUGCUGCAGGAUAACUGACUUGUUCCUCUGUGGACAUUGUUGACUGAAGGUGCUGAAGUCAUAGAUGCUUACUCAAUAAAACAAAUCAGUUACUUCUUUA